GUAGAUGCUUGUGUUACGGAACUUUUAUAUACUCUGCAUGAUGCCUUUUAUUUUAGUAUUAUUACCAGAUUUUUAUUGCAUUUUGCAUUUUUUCGAGUGAGGCGGUGUCAACCUGAGAAUUAUGGCGGAACCAGCUGAACAGUCAAAGUCACUGACCCACAUAUCACCAGCGCUGACUAAAGAGGCGCUGUCAGAAGCCCUAACUAAAUGGUUUGGAGAGAAAACGGUGUUCACUCAUUGGGAGUAUGUUGGCAACACAGGCAAAGGCGACUCCUACCUCAGCGAUCUUAUCCGUAUAAAAAUAUUUGGUGAAUCACAAAACACCACGAAAUUUGUCCAAGUCAUCCUUAAAACUAUCCCAAAAAAUGGGAUCCGUCGCAUUACGUACCGCAGUCAUGAAUUCUUCAAAAAUGAAAUCAAUUUUUACACUAAAGUUUUGCCGGCACUACUCAAGUUUCAGUCAUCGAAAAACAUUCCAGAACCGUUCGAUAAACAUUGCAAAGUUUUCUUCUCAUAUUGCGACGGUACCAACGAUGUUUUGAGUUUGGAAGACGAGUCUUUACAUGGGUACGGGCCAACUGUGAGGCAGAAAGGUCUAGAUUACAAUCAUUGCAAAAUGAUGUUCAAAGUUUUGGCGCAAUUCCACGCUUUAUCAUUCGCUAUGAAAGACCAGUUGCCCAAAGAGUUUGAUGAAAUCUCGAAUCACAUAUUCGAGACAUACUAUCAUGAGAGACUGCGUGAUUGGUAUUCGCGUUUCUGGAACAGAAUAUGUGGUAUAGCUAUCGAUGCCGUUGAGAAAGAGUACCCCGACUCUGUAUACUUGGAAAAAGUUAAAAGUUUUGCAUCGCCGGAACGUUACGAUGACUUGAUUGAAGCCGCUACCAAUACUAAAAACACCGGUGUGAUAUCUCACGGUGAUUCUUGGACAAACAACUUUUUGUUCAAAUUCGUCGACAGCAUUCCUGUAGCGGCGAAGAUUAUAGACUUUCAACUGUGCAGAUAUGCCACGCCAAUUUUGGAUGUGAGUUUUGUGAUCUACGCUUGUACUACUCAAGAUUUGAGAGAGCAGUAUUAUGGAGAGUUGAUUAAUUAUUAUUAUGAAGUAUUGGCUAAGCAGAUCAGUGAUAUGGGAAGUGAUCCGAAUAAUGUGUAUUCGAAGGAAUUGUUCUUAGCAGAAUUGAAGAAAUACUCGUAUUUUGGGUUAGCGUUCAGCUUUGAAUCGACUCCUGUAAUUGUUUUGUCUGCUGACGAUGCUAUUGAUAUGGAAAUUGAGGAUGAAAAAGGUACUAACAUUGACGACUGGUGGCAGUUAACCCCCUUCAAAACAAAGGAAGGCAGGUUGCGGGAGGCCAACAAUAUUGUACAUUGCGUUGACAAUGGAUAUAUAUAAUACUAGAGACUCACCACGGCUUCGUCCGCGUCUGAAGUAGUAUUAUCGGUUCACUGUUCACUUUAGGCGUGGUAGCGCAACAUACAAACAUUUACUUUCGCAUUUAUAAUAUUAUGUAGAGAUUAGCAGCUAAUAAGACUAUAACACUAACAGAUAUUGUACCCUUUUGUCGGUGAAGGAAUUUUGUUUGUUUUGUAAUAUUUCUUUGAUGCACAAAAAUUAACACAGUUUCAAGAAAUAGUUGUAAAAGAAAUUAAAUCACUUGCAAUGGCGGAUUUAUCCCAUUAAGGGAUCUCUUCCAGUCAACCGGCAAACAAUAAAGGAACAAGGCAAUUUUCGUGAUCGGUUCAAUAUUUUCGUAGAUUAAUCGGCACAAAUAAAAAUUACAAAUUUUACCUCUUUAUAAUAUAAGUUUAAAUAGGUAUAUAGAGAUGGUGGUGGGGGUGUAGCCGGGAUUCUAUAUAAGUGAGACUUGGAAGCAAUUGAGAUGACAUACAUACAUACAUACAUAAAAUCACGCCACUUUCCCGGAGGGGUAGGCAGAGACUACCUCUUUCAACUUGCCACGAUCUCUGCAUACUUCCUUCGCUUCAUCCACAAUUGAGAUGACAAUUUAUGACAAUUCUACAAAUUUUUACUAUAAGAUUCCGAAUCAAGAAAUCCGUUCGACAUUGGAUCUUAUUUACAUGAAAAUAAAGCAUAUAAUACUGAAAUAGGUAUAAAACUUUUACAUUGCACGAUUUUGUGCUUUAGGUAUUGCAAUACGUUGAGAUUAAUUUUUAAAUGGUAUAUAUUUGUAAAAUGACGUAUAAAAGUGAAAACUUGUUCUCUUUUUUGAUUUCUAAUUGUAAUAAUUCAUGUUAUAAUUUUUAUAAUCUUAUUUGUAUAUAUUUUUUAUAUAAUCUAUAUAGAAUAAUGUUGUUUAAAACAAUGAAGAUUUUGUAUAACUUCCAUGAUAGUUAGUAGACAAAGAAUGUGCGUGCAAUCUGCUUUUCCCGCGUAAAAUUGUAAAAGUUUAUCAAGGGAAUACUUACAAAUUUGGAUUUCUUUUGAUGCGAUGAGUCGGCAAACUCAAUUCCAUAGACGUGGCUUCGAGUCUCGUGCCUUUCGGCUCUGUCUACCUCGCAAGGGAUUGUGGCGUGAUGUCUUUGGUGCAUGUAUAGCUUAUAAUUUAUAGGAAGUGUCUAGUCUGCCACCAGUGGUCAUUUAAUAAAAAUAAAUAUACUGCCACUUGUGGUUAGAUAAAAAAUUAUAUUAUUCUGCCGCUAUAGGCACAAUAACAAAUAAGGCUAUUUUGCCACAAGUGGCAAGUCAAACCAACAAAAUAUUCUACCGCUAGUUAGAGGCAGCAUACCUACCAAAAAUAAACAGCCACCAAAGCUGAGGCAAGCCUUUUGCGGCAAUUGAUAUAC